AUUACAUAAAUAUCCUUAGUUAGGUUUUAUUAUCUAAAUUGUUCCCUCUUUCGUCUCUUUUGCGAUCUCCAGCCAUUCUCACCGUCUUCUACGGCGAUCGUCUGCAACGUGCGCAGGCGUUCCUUGCCUUCGUUUAAUAGGCAACAAUCUUCAGGGUCGUGGGUACCAUCGGCGUCGGUCCCAUGCCCGGGUCUUCUCCCGUCAACGUUCUUGCCCUCGUCACCGGCACCUCCAGCCGACUCAGCUUCCGGACGGGAUCAGCUACUAUUCUUUAAUAGAAAACAAUCUUCAGGUUACAUAGCUGGUAGAUUAAGAUGGUGCAAUUUAAAAAUAGAUAUUUGGUGAUGGAAAUAUUUAUACAUGGAGAAAGAGACCUCAUUGGAAGGGAUACAUUGAGGGUUGUUAGCUCAAACAGUAUCUCCAAAGCAAUCAAGGAAAGUGUUCAGUUAAAUUUUGGAGAGUGUGGUCUAGCUCUAUUACUUGGAUCCCUCCAGGUGAAGUAUGUCAAUGGCACAACAAAGAUAUGCAUCAUCAGAGUUUCUCGCUCGGAGUACCAGAAAGUUUGGUCUGCUAUUACAAUGAUCAGGACCAUUGGUAAUAACCCAGCUACGUUUAAUUUACUUGAUUUGAGUGGGAGUAUCAGAGCCUGUAAGAAAGCUGCCAUCAAAUGCGAGGAAGCUAAGUAUGAACAAUAUGUUUUAGCUACCGGUGAUAGUGUUGGUCUGGAUUUUACCAAUGCUAGAAAAGAUAGCAUUGAUAAAAUCAAUGCGUUGGAUUCUUAGCACCAUCAGGUCAGCUCCAAGGCAUGAGUUCAUUUGUACCUCUCCUUUAUUUGUAUCCUAACCUUCUCAAAUCACUCCUAUUUCUAUUUUGCUGUGUGUAUCGUAGUUCAGGCUUUUACCCGUACCUUGACAGUGAAAUAGUAUGUACCUUCCAUGAAUACCCUAAUCCAAAUGGUGUAAUAGUGUUUUUUUUUUUUCAUGUUGAUGAUUAGAUGUAC